AUGCUGAUUAUGCAUAUUAUGAUAUUUCUUGCUCUGCAGAAUGCAGUGCAAACUCGAUAUUUACUAUAUUAUACCGAUAUUCGUCAGCAUUCGUAUUUGACAUUUGAUUGUCUGUACAUUCAAUUUGUCGAAAGUGAAUUAAAUGCAUAUUCAUCAUAUAUUAUGAACCAACAGUUAACUCCCUAUUGUCGACGACCUGAUAAUGAUGAAAAACAAGAUGAAAUAUCUGAUAUACUAGAUGAAAAUAUAUCAAACAAGAUUACUUUUAAUGAAUUAAGGAAAAAAGGUGUAACAAGUGAACAACUUUUAAAUUGGGGAGCACCUAUCGAUGUUGCUGAACGUUAUGAAAUCAAUAGUCAAAGUUUAGAUCUAUUCUACAACUGUUCAUCGCCAUCGUUUGGAUCAAAAUGUCAGUAUCGAUUUGUCCACAGCUCAUCUUUAUCACUUACUGAAAUGAUUGAAUCUUUUGUGAAAAGUCGUUGGCGUACUAUGUUUGAAGGAAUCGUUACUACAUGUUAUCGUUUCUUAUCUGAUUGUGAUCGUGGAUCAUGGGCUUUAUGUCUCGAUUGGCGACAAAUAUGUGAUGGCAAAGUUGAUUGUAUGAGUGGUGAAGACGAACAGUGGUGUGAAACAUUAGAGAUGACAACAUGUGCUGAUGAUGAAUAUCGAUGUCAUUAUGGUGGUCAAUGUAUUCCAGUGACCUUUGUACGAGACAGCACCUUAAAUGUUGAUUGUCUUGAUGGUAGUGAGGAGAAAGUAGCCACCGGGAUAUGGUCGAUGUGGCCUUAUUCGCCUUGUGGUCUAAGUAUCACAUUUCGAUGUGAAGAACUUAUAGAUCGAUAUCCUCUUUCUUUUUCAUGUGGUAAUGGCCAAUUUUAUCCAGAGGCUUAUGUGUACAGUGAUGCAUUCGUUUGUGUCAACUGGAAACAAAGAGAAAGAAAUUUAGCCAUGUUUACUUCAUUUGAUCAUAUUAAAGAUAUUCAAUGUCGACAAGCAUUUCGUUGGUCACUAUAUUCUAAUCGAAGCGAUGGUAAGUAA